AUGGUUCGGGCCGCGCUAGGGGUCGUUUACCUCCUAGCGUCAGCCACGGCAAAUGGAUGGAACUUGUUGCAGCUUGGACUGCUGACUAGUACCAACUCCUCCGACGAUCUUAGAAACCGAACAGAAGCAGGCCCAAGGGACCGAGGCGGGCCAUCCCGCCCGGACCCUGGGCUUGGAAGCAACAAAACUUGGGACUGGUGGAGUGUCGCCUGGGAUGGCGCCUACCAUUACGUCGGAAACAGCUGGUGGAUCAAAAUGUGGGUAAGGAUGCUGUUACAGGUUGCAGAGAAUGGGAUAAGCUACUGUGGGACCCUUUGUGCCUCAAUUGGCUUAGCAGCCCGAUGGAGCUAUUGGCUCCUUACCGGGAUGGUCCUCGUCUUCUUGCUCCAGUUGCUUGUCUGGACCUACACGUGGGUCAUUCAUCCGACUUGGAUUCACUCCAGGGCCCUCUGGCGAUACUGCCAAGGGACAGGCACUUGGAACGAUGUGACACGCUUGCAGGGGCAGAGGCCUUUCAUACCCGUCUGGAAAGGGCCGGGUACAGGAACACCAUGGUCCGCCUUGUACAUCCAGCGCGAGGUACGGGGAAGAGGACCGAAUCAGAAGCCAUUCGACCUCUUAGUUGCGGACGGAGCUGCUGUAGCGAGGCUUCGUCACGGGACUAUAAGGGGAAGAACGAAUCGGCACGGAUUCCUCUGCCAGUGUGAAGAGGUUCGAGCCUCGUCGCAUCGAUACCUCCGUCACCACAUAGAGACUGCCAACUGCACUGUCCACCUGUGCGCUCAAGACCCUUGCACCGCCCCUGAAGUUGCGCAGGUGCAUAUUAGGGCCAGCGCAACGGUCCCGCAGGACCGGGAGGUCAACCUGCAGGAACUAGCAGGAAGGGGCCCCUGGGGACGGUGCGCGGUGAUCACAAGCUUUUGCGGGAUACUUUGGUGCCGCUGUUUCGGCCGCAGCAUGGCGAGAUGCGGCCGAGCUUGGUGCUGGUGUCUGUGGUGCCGGUGUUGCCGUACGAGGCGAGUUUCUCGCCCGGAACGCGGCGCAGGGUACCAGGGCCAAAAACAUGAAGAUUCUGAGACAGAAUCCGAGGCGGAACUAGGCCCCGCGGGGCUGCACUGUCAAGCGGACCAGGUCGCUCUAGACAACUACGGCAAGGUAGUUCCUCUUGCUGCUGGACCAUGCAGAGACGUGGCCCGAGGUUGUCCCGUUGUGCUUCUACAAGCUGACCGAUCCAACAGCUGUCUUGAUGGAUUACCAACUACUGAAGGCGGCGACCCCUGCUUUCAUGCCUGUGAGUACCACAGGUCCAUGUACCAGGGCUCGCUUCUGGGUCGAGCAUGUGCGGUGCAGGGGUGCCUGCAUCCAGUCACAGGGACCAGGAAGGGGGUCAACUUGUGCAAGUUGCACGGAGCCACAGAGGAGAAGCCCCGGGCCAAAGCCGCAGCUAGGGCACGCGAAGCUUCACCGCCCCGGGUAGAUACCGACCAAAGGUCAGAGACCGCGCGUCAACCAGAGAGACCAGGAGUCAACGCGAUGCAGGGUGCGGUGGCUGACAAGGCAGACCUAGCCGAGCUCCUGGUCGAGCUGCUCCAGGGCAAAGAGGCAGAGGAAGCGUAUCAGGUCCUCUCUGCCAGGAACCCGGGGGACGUCAAGUGGAAGCAUCCUGGGUUCCAGGACUCGCUGACUUCCCUGGCGAAGGCCUAUGUGCAACAACACAAAGACUUGGAAACCGGGGAAUCACCCGCCUGGAGAGCACUCAACCGCCUUGCGCAUCCCCCUGCCGUCUGUCAAGAACCAGAAUAUGACCCCGUAACUCGGAUGCUGGAAGCCACGUUGGAGAGGCCUACAGAAGAAGAGAAAUCCGACACGCCAGCCCCACGGCUGGUAAGGCCGGCCUCGGCUCCUGCGAGCCAUUUCCCGGGUCCUCGCACCUGCGGUGAGCUCGCUGCGAGCUUGUUUCGCCCCAAGAGCGAGAUCGAUUCUGUCCUGCCGCGCCCGAGGCUUGUUUCGAGCCCGGGAGCGGUUGGAACUUUCCCAGGAACGCCCGGUCCAGCAGGUUCCGUAGGGAUGCAGGGUUUACACGCCUUCCGACCCUUUCAUGCUGGAGCCUACACUGAUCCGGGACCUCCGGCCCUCGAUGAAACUUCAAAAGCUCUGCAGACAAUCGCAAAAGUUAUGGCGGCGAAGGAAGACCCAGCUGCCCAAGAUCGAGGGAAGCUGUCCUCGAUCGGCAGAACAGAGGAGAGGAUGCUGUACCUGGCUAGAGGGUGCGACACGCUGACGGUGCACCUUGGGGAAGCCACGGUCGGAAAGGAGCUGUACCACGCCCUAAAGUCUGUAGCGACGCAGAACCGGCCCUUGUUGAGAGAAAUCAGCUUCCCGGUGAACAUUACCAACCGCAUCGCCUUUGGGGCCGCUUCCCUCAGUUUCGGGGGCAAAGGUAAUCCGCCUGACUAUUGCCUCACUGUGGCCGAUUUUGCCCAGACCUCGGAGGAGGAGUUUGACUUGUUUAGCCCGCCUGGGGAUAACAAGCUGGAAAAACGGGCGCGGAACCCUACUACUCUGUCCAAUUGGUACCGAAAUGCUCUACGCCAAGCUUGGGCCAUGGCAUGUAUCCUGGGGGCAGAGUACUAUGGCAGUUGGGAGAAGGCUGCGGCACAACUCCUUAAGUUUGGGGAAGAAUAUGCCCAUGCGUGGCCGUUGCACUCGGUCAUGAGUGUGUGGGAGGAGCUCUGGGCUCGCUUCACGGAAGAGUUAAGAGCGCUCGAUCGAAGAGCCAGGCGGGAAAUGCAAGACGAGAGCCCUAGCUUUGACCGUCUUCGGUUUUUCGCCACCUCCCCCGGGGACAAUGGCGAACCCUGGCUCCGGCUGCCUCAAACUUUCGACCUUCAGGCACCAGGAGAGUACUUCCAAACGGAUAUUGUUCCUCGCCAACAGCGCAUGUUGGAUCGUGCUUGCUGGUCAAUGGCCCUUAAGAGACCGUCCCCACUCACUGGCGGACGAGCUGGAGCUGAAGAUAUCGGCGGACCAGACAAAGCGCAACCGGCCGCUCCCAACCCUAGGAACUCACGGGCUGGAAGCAAAGGGAGUGCCCCUGGCGCUGGCACCGCCGUCAAGGAACCCGCCCCCCUCCUGGGAAAUGCUUUGACCAGCAAGGAGGCGGGCCGCUCCAUGGAUCACCGCCCGAAAGACAAAGACGGGAAGUAUCUGUGUUGGGAUCACUUUUCCCACCGCAAAUGCAACAAGGGAAAAGAUUGCCCGCAUUCGCACCAUGGCAACGCGCCACGCUGGGAUACUCUCGAUUGGAGCGUGCAGAUGCAACUCUUGCGACGAGGCGGGCAUCCCGCCCGUCCGAAACUCAGAGGAGACCAGGUGGACGCUGCCAUCGAAUCCAUCCGAAAGGAGCAAGCCCAGAAGCUAGAGUCCAACAUUCAGGAAGGCAAAAGGGCGAAAGAAAUGGCUAAGCGGACCGGGGGUCCUCCUCCUCAGGAUGCCUCGACCCAAUACCGGGAAGACACCCGAGCUGGCUGGACCCCAGCGCCAGCGGCGCUAGCCAAUUUCGCCGCCACUGAUAUGGAAGAUCCCCUUGCUCGACUUAUGACAGGAGAAGCUGCUGCAAGUUGGACUCUCGACCACGCGCCCCCCGCUGUGCGCACGGUCACUUACCGGGAGCCACCCGACUCUGCCAUGAUCCAAGCCAAGCGUCACUGCAUGGACGAGAUUGACAGCUGCGGCCUUCUCCCAGAUCUACCCCAGCACCUGGGCAUCUAUCUGCGCAACCGGCUGACAGCCGUCAAUGACCGGGCUCCAAACGCUCACGCUGUUCAAGAAUUCCUUGAGGACGCUAUUCGAGAAGGCAGUGCAGAACUUGCUUCAGAAGCUACUGACUAUCUCCAUAAUCACCCCGACACGCAUGUUGGGUCGCGAGAGGGACGCGGAGCAUUGGGGCAAUUCUCAGCACACGGCUUCGACGGGUACUCUUGGGCGACCUUUCGCUGGAGAGACGGUGACCAUGCGGUCUAUGACUACGGCGACCAGCUCGCACCCGUGCACCCUGAGCUGCAACCUCUGGAAUGCCCCAAACCAGAGACGGAGCCCCGACAGUGCUUCUACCUGCAUGUGGCCGCUGGCCUUCUGGCCCAUACCACGAAUCGUGUGCCUGCUCUCUCCGAGGUCCGCCUCAAAGCGGCAGCCUUACAGGAGGAAACUUUCCGCCUGGCGAUGGCUUGCGCGGACAACUUGGGCCCGGAACCUGACGUUUGCACUCAAGCUGAAGACGACUUGCGCAUCUUCGUGCACGACGCUCUCUUCUUCGGCCACGACAAGGAUUACCGGUGCCUGGCGGCCUUUCCCUUGCCAGAGGCCGCGGACGUCUCGUUUUGUCUUGUCCGCAUGGACGCUUGGAACCGCACCUCUUGCGAAGUCAUCCAGGGGGCCCACAGUCGUUCCGACCCGAAGUCCCUUAUCUGGCUCCUGGUUCACCAGGGCCACAUGCGGUUACUCCUCCCGGAAGUCACGACUUCUAUCCCGGACAACGUGCGGAUUGUCACUGCUGCUGGCUGGGAAGUCCACCUGGAAGCGGCCGCCGAGCACGGGGCGCGUCAUCGCGCCCGUGCCCCGAAACCAUGCCCGCGCUGCCAAGAGACCCUAUGCGCCGUACCGGCGUCACCACCGGGGUGUUCGGCUUGUACCCUUUUUCCCGCUGAGACGGCUGCCUUAGAUUUCCGGGCAGGAGCAUCUUGGUGGGAAGUCGACGAACCCCCCUCCGAACAAUGGGCCCGCGAGGACCUGCAGGAGCUCUUCCCUGGCCAACAACUCCCUGAGCCAGGCCAACCGCUCCAUUUUUUGGGGAUAUACGUUGACGCUCUCGGUUGGGACAACACCCCGGACGCGCCGGUUGGCGCCGCCCUUUUUGUCGGUCCGGCCACUAGCCGCAACUUCUGCGAUGGCCGUGUGCGCUCUCUUCUCCGCGCAGCUCUCACUCUCUUGCGCCCUCGCCACGUGUGGGUCCUCCUGCCCCGCACGGGCCUCGGCCGCGGGCCUGAGUCUUCCACCAGCGCCUUGGGGUCUUCUGCCCACCAGCACCUGCAAUUUACGCUUGAGCUUGGUCAGCAUCAGUUGAACCUGCCCGGGCACUUCACUCUUGUUCACCCUCUGACCAGUCCCGUGUGGAAAGAUCCCGCGGCCAUCCAGCUUCUUUCGCCAUUUCACCGGGUUCGCCUUCCAGCUUCGCCCGUUGACCCCAUGACUGCGGCGCUUUGUGGACCGUCCCCGGCCGCCUACUUGUGCCUGAAAACCACCUCUUCGGCGCUGGCUAUUGCCGUUGGGUCGCCCUCAUCGGAGUUGCCGCAUUCCUCUCCCCUCGCCUCCGUCCUCUUCGACGGCGCUGAGGCGUGUUUCGCGCCCGGCGCCGGCUUGCGACGGGCGGGGGGCCCCCUGGCGCGGCCGCUAGACCCGGCAGUCGAGCAGGCGACAAAGGAAUAUCUGGAUUUCUUCCGAAACCGAGCUUUCUCCGCUGAACAUUUCGCGUCUGCUGCUCAGAAAGGAUCGGCUCUUCUGGCAGCAGCCGGUGGAUGGCAAGAAGCCCUCCGGGCUAUCCGCAGGGUCUGGGUGCAGGAACGAGGCGAUCACAUGUCUGGUCUGCAUAGUGACUUCUUUGAGGGGCUGGUUCACCCGGCAGUUUUAGAAAGGGCGAGGCAUGUGGCUAUCUGGGGAGUCGAGGCAUCUGCUGACUUAGAGGAAACUACUCGGACCAAGAGUGCGCCUCACCCGAGCUUGAAGGAACACCUCGACGAAGCUGCUGCGCAACUCUGGGACGACGCCAGCAAAGGCCGUUCCCUGCUCUGCUUCGACACCGGCAAGGGCUUGGAAGGGGUUGUGUCAGUCCCAAUGGCCAGGGUCCCCAAGAUGAAUCCAGACCGCACGGUCUCCGAUAAGGGUAGGGUCAUCUGGGACGCCACGCCGGUGAACAGGUACUGUCACAAGUCCCGGCACCCGCCUGCGCUCCAACCACGACACCAGGAGGUCGCCAGAGCAAUACUGUGGUGGAAGCUUCGGUACCCUAGGAUCCGAAUCCUGUUCAGCAAAAAGGACGUAUCCGAAGCCUUCAAGUGGAUCCCGGUUCGGCUAGAGGACUCCAAGCUUUUCGCUGCAGAUCUUCCAGCUGAAUACAGCAAUACUCAGGAAGGCAUCACCAUAGUCUAUGGGUUUUUGACUUUUGGCUGGUGCGGUGCGCCCGGAGAGUACAUGCACUAUGCUUGGGUCAUUAAACUGGCUCACGAAGCCUUCGCGCCCGAAAACUCCAGGUGGGAGGAUACAGUCCCAUACCAUUCUUUCGUCCUUAUGGACGACACGGUGCUGAUCGAACCCGAGAUUGGGCUGAGACCGGAAACCUCGGUGGCACUGACGGAGCAUCUGACUCGUGCUGUUCUUGGGGAUGCCAGCAUCAACGAAGGAAAGGAUUGGCUUGAGGGACGGUUGGAAACUCGCAAACUUAUUUGGGGGCUCAUUUACGAUACCCAAACCAACACCCGAAGCCUGCCAAGUGCCAAGCUGGAGAAGGCGUAUCACCUCCUGCACUUGCCUGACUUUGACAGUGGAUGCACUCAUGUCUCGCUGCGCCUCAUCCAAGAAUUGAGAGGCAACCAGCAGUUUUGGUUGGCGGUGCUCCCGGGCCUGAGCCCGUAUUUGGGGUGUACAAAUGACCUCCUUGGCCCUGCGGACCCGCAGGGCCAGGCUCGAGCCAAAGGGGAUGAGAAGCAACAAAGAGAGACUUGGAACCGAUUUUGGGAGGCUAUUGAGCUUCAACGUUUGUUGGUGGACGUCAGCGCCUCUUGGGAGGUACGGUUCACUCACCCGCUCAAUGCGGCCCUCUCGAUUUCGGAACUGCUCUCCUUCCCAGGGAUGCAAUCCCAGGUGGUUUGGGCCUGUGGAGAUGCCACUCCAGAAAGGGUGGCGGCAGUUGACUGGCAUGGAAAGGUAGCAAUUGUCGAGCCCGCGAGCCUCGUUUGGCAACGGAUCCGCUACUUCUGCGGAGGGGAAGAGGGAACUGACGAGGAGCAGUCGGGACCGUACUCCGAGGAUCGAACCGAUCCCGAAGAUGGUCUUCUGAUCUCACUCGCCGAGCUCCUCGCCGUGGUGUCACUCGCCUGCACCCGCUGGACUGCUUGGAGGGGAAAGAUUGUGAUUUACGCGGGGGACAACCAGAACGUUAUCUCCUGGCUUGAGAAAAGACAGGCUGGGCCCCCUGCGGCAAGGUUCCUGCUGCAGUUGCUCGCAGCCUUGGAAACUGUCGGAGGGUUCAGGCUGCAUGCGAGCUAUGUUCGGACAUACCACAACCAGGUUGCCGACAGCCUCACGCGUGCCGAAGCACAAAGCAUUCUGGAGGAACAUGGGCUCCGUAAGCUCCCGUUCUCGGAGGUGCUCUUGGGGACUCUCGACAAAGGUUGGACUCGAAGGGCCCUCCUUUGGGAUGGAAUGGACCAUGGAGAUAAGGCUGCAGCCCUCCAGUUAGGGCUCCGAAGGCAUCCAGAGGGUCCGAAUAAGCACCCGUUUCCGUUGAAAGAAGGUCUGGUGUGCGCUGAGAUUGGAGAGGCCGGCCCUUAUGAAAUCGAGCUUGUCUCCAAGGGGCUUAUCGUCCAGAGACACACCCUGGAAGAGGCAAGCCACCGAGAAUGUACCCCGGAGCGGUAUGUGUGCCUUUUCCACCCAGGCGGCAGAGGCGAAGUGGCUACGGCUGCUCGCUUCGCCGAGCUUGCUGUGAGGUGGGAGCCGGAAGGAGUCUGGGUCGAUUCCAUCACCUCUCAUGGCCCCAGAGCAGCCGAAAGAAUUCUGGAGGAUGCAGGAUGGCAUACCCGUGUCUUCCAAGUCAGCGGCCGCACUCUCCAGGAUCAGUGCUGGUGGAAGCGAUGGAUACUGAUGGCGGUUCCCGCAGAAAAGCGCCUGCCUCCAGCACCCUGUCUUACGCUCGACGCGGAACCCGCUACGCCACCCUUGCACACUUACCCCACUGAAUGGUUGUUGGAAGACAAGAAGGUACCAGACGCCACCUGGAAAACUGGUCGCCUGAAGCUGGACAGCGCUAUGCCGCACCUGGGUCAGGCUACUCCAAAGCCUCGAGGGACUCUGCAAACCCCCGAAGGUAGGCGUCAUGUUUGGGACCCUUUUAAACCGCUCCCCCAAUUACAUCAUGGGUCAUGGGGUAAUGACAAUAAAGAUUCUCUUUUGUUGCUUGGGUACAGUGCUAAUGGCCCCGCGGCGCGCACCAUCACGCCCGGGGAGGCAUUUAGGUUGUUAGGUGGUAGAGCAGAACAACAUCCCAAGGACACCCCCUCCACUGAACUUGCCUUGGAAAGGCUCAUGGGUACCCCCCGCAGCCUGGCUCUGGUAGCGGGCCGUUGGGCGAGCGCUCUGGGGACGGAUCGGGGCGCCAGCGGUAGUUGCUUUGAGCCCGAACAGUCCAGCGCUGCUGAGGCGAAGGCUGAAAGUCGGGAGGCGGACGAAACUCCCGAGGCUUGCUUCGAGCCCGGGAACUCAGAUUCUGAAAGAGUCGGAAUUUGUUCGCUCCCGUGGGAAGAUAAGGCGCGAGCGGCGCUCAUGGCCUGGCUCCAAAGCAGAGGUUGGGAGGUGGAGCGGAGGGCCGGAGGCACCAAGCGCCGUAAGAAAAAGGAAGAGGACUGGAGUACCCAGUUCUCGAAAGCCCUCGCCUCCUGCCUCAGACACGAAGCAGGAAGUGCCGAGUGCCACAUCACGGAGGAUGGAUGGGUCACGAUGGACCACCUGAGAGGGUACCUCCGUGCGAAGCUCCGAUGGCCGGAAAGGUACCUCACUGAGGAGGCGGUUCGGGCCGAAGUGGAAGGCAACUGGAAACAGCGCUUCGUGGUGCGAACAGAUGAGAGCACCGGAAGGAGCUGUGUGGCAGCCUGGUCCGGGCACACCAUACCAGGGGUCGUCGGACCAGGAGUGUUGUGGAGGGCCGACCUGGAGACGAGAGUGCCCGUCGAUACGCGGAAAGCCCAGGAGGCCGGAGUUUCUUUCAGAGUGACGGGUAACGACGUCUGGCUGGCCGAUACCGACAUCCCGCCUGAAGCCUUGGGAAAGGUCGUCGCAUGGACGACUGACGAUUUUUGGUUCGCUUCGGAAAGCACCCGCGCCCGAGCCCGACCCGAGCAGGCGUCGCCAGUGCCCUUCUACAAGACAGGCGCCGUGGGAGCUGCAGGCUCUGGCUCAAGGCUCCCCGCCUGGCCGCCCGGCAGCCUUAAGCAGGAACAGGACCUAAAGGAGGGCCUUGCUCAGACCGCGACCGGUUUGGCGUCGGCUGUUGCCGGGCUCAAGGUGGAAGAGGGAGAAGAGGAGGUCCAGGUGGACCCACGAACCUUGGAACCGACCGUCGUCACGCUCUCCGAAGCAGAUUGGAACUUAUCGGAAGAGAGUGACACGGGCCCGGAAGAGCCCCCAGCACCCGCGACCCGAACAGUGAUGAAAGAAGGCGACCGAGGAUCGGCCGAGGCGGAAAUCAAGCUCAACCCCGGCUUGAUUGAGCGGGAAGAAAGGCAAGAAGUUGCCGAGGCGCGCCUCGCGCCCGGUACCACCUCUGCCGGAUCGAGCUGGAAACCCACGCUGGUGAAGGAGCAUCAGGACCCAGAACCCGGCAAAGGAGGCCCCAAACCAGGGCGUCUCGAACCCAAACAUGAGCAGGGUGCGGAACCCGAGGGCCUUCCCCUGGAACGGGUCAAACCUCCGCCCGCAGAGGAUUCAGAGGAGGACUCGCCCAUCGGGCUCCCCGCAAGGUAUCGGCCGGUUGGUAGAGUAGAGCCCGGGCAACCCCAGGAGGAGCGAAAACUGGUCCCGGCGCAGGGUCUCAAGCUUGGCACGGGAAAGGUCAAACUGCUCCAGGCCCUCGCUGAGGCCGACACUGCCAACUGGGAAAACCUCCAAAGUGCCUUGAAGGAAGCGGAAGGGUCGGGAGGCGAGAAAGCAGCUCUAGUUGAAGACCUGGAACGCCUCACCCAGCAGCGAAAGGAAGCCGCCGAAGGAAUCAAGGAAGCCCUUGAAGCUGAGACGCACAGGGUUCGCCAAUGUGAAGAAGAAGACUCCCGGUAUCUGGAAACUCUGGAUAGCCAGGGCGAGUACAUGAGAAAGCUUGAACGAUUCAACUCAGCUCGACCCUCCAAGACCGCCAAGGUCCUUAGUUCGGACCGUCUCACUUCGGAAAUUGAAGCAGGAGUCAGCGUCUGGGUGGCGCGCCGCCGAGAAAAGGCGCGUUUGCGGGCCCAGGCUCACAGGGAGGGACUUCAGAGAGGCGCCCCUUCGGAAGGAAGCACCAAGCACGAACCAAUCGAAACACCCGAGGGAGCCGAAGAAGCACGACAGCAGGCGGCUCGGAGGGAGAUAGCUGAGUUUCGGGAACAUCUGAGGGAACAAGGAAGGGGGGCGGUGCCCAAAUACCGUAGGGCACCGGACUCCCGCCAAAGAAAAGCCACGAAGAAGAGAAACCGGGCUGCAAAGGAAGCGGAAGCUCGGGCUGUGCCGGAGGGAGCCUUGUCGCCCACGCGCAAUGAUGAUGCGGAGCGUGACACCAACCACGCGAUCGCACAUUUCCAUAGGCAAGAGAACGACCAUGCUAUGGUCCUCGCUGGGGCUAGGUUGCCCCCAAAUUUAGUUUCCGAGGGGACAGUUCUGCUCGGCCUCGUUCUCCUCACCGGAAUUCUUUUAGGCCUUGCCUGGGGAUCAUGCCGACGCAGCCUUGCCCACAGUCCCGCAAGGACCGACCCAUUGGCUCUCUCGCCAAGGGACAACCUUCCCAGAGCCCCCCACCGGCAUGAAGUUGCGGCUGGCAGGCACGCCUCAACCAGUAGCGCCACGGAGGUCCACCGUCGCGGUAGCCGAGGCUCGACUUCGAGCCCGGCACCGGACAAUCCUCGGCGAAGGAGCCCGCGCCCGUCCCAAAGGGGUCUUGACCGCCGCAGAGCAAACUGGCACAAAGAAGGUUGCCCCCGCACGGAUGCUUCUACCCUUUGGCUUGAAGCAUGCAAAGACUGCGUGACCAUCUCCGAAGUCGAUGACUACCAGGGGAGCGUGGAAGCCACCUGGAGCGGGGCCCGCUGGCACAAACCGCGGUGUGGGCAUACCCGAGGAAGGAACGUGGUGCGAUUCGCCCCUUGCCAAGAGUGUGCAAGAGUUGCCGCACCGUCCCAGUCUCGUGGCUCGAUACGAGGCCCAGGGCGCAACAACGAUGCUGAAAGGGACACGAAUCACGCCAUCGCGCAUUGGCUCUUGCUGGCGGUGGCACUGGGUCUGUACCUGGCUGGGGUCUGCUGGCACUGGGGUGAACCUUGCGGGGACCCACAAGAAGGUCAGGAAAAGACCCGUGUGGGGGGUCCUAGGGGCCGCAAGGUCCGAUUCGAACCCUACCACGAGUCCCUCGCGGCUGCCGGAUCUCCUACCAGUCAAGCCACGGGUAAGAAACAGAGUCUCGAGAAGCCGAGGCGGCUGGGUAGCCCUCAGGCUGCUAGGGCGGCGCAAGGGACGACUGGACCCAAGCUGGGCCUACGCUUGAAAUGCAAAGAAGAUUAUCACGAGGAAGCCAUUCGUGUCGCUCUUGAUCGCCUCGCCAUCUCCACCCGGCGGACUUAUGAAUCUCAACUCAAGUGGUGGAGGCUUUUUUGCGCUCGUAGAGGAGUCAGUUGGAUUCUCACUGGCCCCUCAAGCAAUAAGACAGAAGAAACACUCCUCAUCGACUUUCUCCUGCACUGUGCCUGCAAUGAAGGGCGCGCACCGGGAACGCUGAAGCUUCGGCUGGCCGCAGUGCGCAGCGUCCACCUUUCACUCGGCAUGGAAGAUCCCUUGGAAGGCCGAGGAAGAGUUGCCAUGGCACUGGCAGGCCUACGAAGGCGUUACAAGGUUCCUGAAAGGAGGGCGCCAGUGACCCCCAGGAUGCUCAACUAUCUGCAUGAUCGCCUCCGUGGCUCGUCUUCGAGCCCGGAGUCUGUGCUCCUGUGGGCUGGGAUCUGCCUUGGGUUCUUCUUUCUGUUGAGGGCCUCUGAAUUCCUUCCCCUUGGUUACCUUCCUCUCUCGAGACACCUGAAGGGCCACCAGGUACUGCUGUACUCCCAUGGUAACCUGUGCACUAUCAGCAACCUGGCAGAGGCCGACGAAGUUCGGGUCAAGCUCGUCGGCAGCAAGACCAAUUACAACUUGGAGACAAAUCGCAAUCACCACCGGACUGGAAACCAAGUCUGCCCAGUAGAGUCGGUUGUCCAGCUGUUCCAGAAAUUUCCGGAGAGAUAUCUGGGCGGCUGCGAAGCCACGGAGCCACUCUUUAGAACUCCCUCGGGAGAGGGAAUCCAAAGGGAAGCGAUUCAGAUGCUGCUGAGAGAAGCCGCUUGCCAAUGUGGUGUGGGCGGAACAAUUGGUUCGCACUCAUUACGUUUUGGUGGUGCAAGCGCGCUAUGGACGGCAUUCAAAGACGCAUCUGUUGUGAGAAGGUUUGGACGUUGGGCGAGCGACGCAUUCCAUUCCUAUUUGUGGGAAGACCGGGAAUAUUCCCGGGGAAUGGCAGCAUCUAUGUUGAACACUGACCUAGCACCGACGCCCGAGGCGCGUUUCGCGCCCGGGCAGUUGCCCUUGCAAGUGCCGAAAUGGCGGGAGGGGGAUGAGCCCAAGGGGCAAAGACCUUUUCAGCCCUUUCGCGCGCAAAAACAUGUUUGGGCGCGCAGCGGUAGUUUUGCUUCUAGGGAAACCCAAAGGGUCCAAACUGUAGGAGCUUAG